AUGGGUAGUGUCUUUAUACGCCCUCAAGGGGCGUCUAAGUUGCGCAGAGCAGUGUGUCAAUUCUGCGAACACUCGAAACGAACAGAGACCGUGUCGUAUUCCACGUUACAGAGUGCACCGCUCAGGAACGUUCCUCAACACCCUGUUCGCCAUGUUAGCAACACGCAAUUGCGACAAGAAUAUGCUCAAUUGUUAGCACUCAGAUUGUCGGCCGUCAAGCCAUUGCAGAUUUCGAGAAGACUGUUGUCGUCAACGCCAGACAUAGAGACAUCUCUUAUCGAGGUCAAAGAAAAGUGCGAAGCCUUACGCCGUUCAGACAAAGCAGCCCCCGAAGAAGUAGUAGUUGCGCUAUUACAGCAAUGCCUACAUAUUGUCGAAUCCUUCUUGAAAGCGCAGGAACAACACGAGAAUGAGAACUCAAAGGUGACGCCGGCGGUGACCGCGAAGAAGUCGACUGCGGCAUCUUCACUACUUGGUCUUGACGAAAAGCCCGCCACACCUGGAAAAUCGAGGAUACCGAAGAAGGCGGAGCCUAGGAUUUUGGAAAUUAUAUCUCAGCUUUCUACCGAACUCCUAGUGGAUGAAAAGGUCUUCAUUUCUCCUGAAGUCCUCGAGCUAUACACCAAGAUCCACGUCCUUCUCAAGCGGGCCGAGUAUCUCCCUCAGAUUUUCUCGCUAUACGCCAACAAACCCAUUCCAGAAGUCAACACAUCACCCAUUAAAUUCCGCCAGCAAAACCCCAACGGAUUGAAGAAUGCCAUCUCUUCGAAGCUUGCAAACGAAGCUUUAGAGAUUGCCUUGGAACAGAAGAACCUGUCUCUUGCGCUUGCUAUUAUUGACACCACCUUUUGUGCUCCAGCUUUCACUAGAGCUAAAUUGUUGAAGAAUGCGGCAGUUCCUCUUGCAGGCUUGGCGACUGCGCCUUUAGCAUCCUAUGUUGUUGCGACGUGGGCUGCAAAUCUGCAAAACACCAUGGAUCCAUCGAUGGCGACGGGCAUUACGUUUACCGCUACACUUGCAUACAUAGGCUUUACAUCAUCUGUGGGAAUUAUUGCUGUUGCUACAAGUAACGAUCAGAUGGAGCGUGUAUCGUGGGCACCUGGUAUCCCCUUGAGACAUCGGUGGCUCAGAGAGGAGGAGCGAGCUGCGCUUGACAGGGUCGCUAUGGCUUGGGGGUUUAAAGAUCCGUACAGGAGAGGUGAAGAGGAGGGCGAGGAAUGGGAAAGUCUCCGCGAGUUUAUUGGUAUGAGAGGAAUGAUCCUAGACAGGACGGAGUUAAUGGAGGGCAUGCAGUAA